UAACUGUUGUUGUGAUUUGGCGCUAUAUAAAUAAAAUUGAAUUGAAUUGAAUUGAAUAAUGUUUUGCAGCUAGCAUGGCCAAAAAUUAGGCUAAAUUAGAGCCCAGGUUCACUUUGGUUACUUUCAGCAGACUUUCUAUACAUUAAUUUUUUUGUUUAGCACAUUUGUUUCCCUUUAAAAUGCUGUUACCACACAUGCAUGGUAUUGUUUCUGAUUAAUCAUUAUGUUAGUUUAACAAAAUAUAAAGCUACAGUUCAAGGUUGUAAAAACUAAUUUCCCUAUUUAUAUACUCAAAGGCAGAAAAUGUAAAAUAGAAACAUGUAAUGCAAUCUAUUUAAAAGUGAUUUGAUCCUAACUCAUACUGUUUUUUUAAUUGAAAACCUUUAUAUUUGCUAUAUUUAAAGCUUCCUGUUGGUGGUAGUGUCUCCUCACCUGUCAGUAUUUCAUAGGUCUAUACAUGAAGCCAGUACACAGGCAUAAAUCAAAGUCCAAAGUCCAGCUAUUAUACCUGUGAGCUGUGAGGCUUUUCCACUCUUCUUCGGUCCCUUAUGCAAAUGUUUUACUCUGAUUAUUCUGUGUGAUUCAGAAGUAACAUGGAGCAGAUCACCAACUUUCUCUGCAGGUAUAAAAACUACAACUUUCCAAUCGGUUUCACAACUGCAGAGUACAUUGAUUCACUCCAGAGCUUUGAAAUACGAGAUAGUGACAUAUUCCUCGUCACUUAUCUAAAGUCAGGAACUAUAUGGACUCAACAGAUCAUCAUCUCCAUCUGUGAGUUAGAUGGGAGUCUGAAUGAGUAUCCAAACAACUUGGAACAGAUGCCGUGGCUGGAGUACAGGCAGGCUCAAGAAGAUUAUGCACUACGACCCUCUCCACGGCUCUUCACCUCUCACCUUACCCCGGCUCUCAUGCCUCCAGGACUGAAGGACAAGAAAGCUAAGAUUAUCUAUGUGAUGCGAAACCCAAAAGACAACAUCGUCUCCUAUUACCACUUCAGUAAAGCCGCUAGCGACCUGGAGACUCCCAAGAACUUUGAGCACUUUUUUGAGGAGUAUUUGACGGGCAAUGUUGGAGGAUCAUCCUGGUUCGACCACAUCAGGGUGUGGCAUUCAAUGAGAGACGAGUACAACAUCCUCUUUCUGACCUACGAGGACAUGGUUUUGGACCUGAAGGCAGCAGUAACUAAGAUCUGCAUUUUCUUAGGGAAGAACCUGAGUGAAGCAGCCAUUGAGCAAGUUGUAGAAAAAUCUACAUUCAUGAACAUGAAGAAAGACUCAAAAGCAAACUAUGAGUUUCUGCCACAAGAGAAGCUGAAGGGAGACUUCAUGCGCAAAGGUAAGAUCGGUAACUGGAAGAACACCUUUACUGCCGCUCAGAGUGAAAGAGUGGAUCAACUCCUUCAGGAGAAACUCGGUGACCUGUCUCUGAAGUUCAUCUGGGAAUAAGCAGAGCAGCCGCACCAACCAUUCACUGCCACUGUGUCUGUAUGUGUCUUACACUUCCACAAUGUACAAUAGCUGAUAAUAAGUAAACGCUUUCUAAUCCAUGGUUGGACUUCUGUGCUUGGACAAACUGAAAAUAUGUGAGCAGAACACACUAAUAAAUGCAGUUGGCCAAA